GCUGCCGCCGCCGCCGCCGCCGCCGCCGCCGCUGCGAGCUCGAUGCGGACGGAGCCUGGGCCGGGCCAUGGGGAUCCUCAGCAUCACGGACCAGCCGCCCCUGGUCCAGGCCAUCUUUAGCCGAGAUGUGGAGGAAGUGCGUUCCCUCCUCUCGCAGAAGGAGAACAUCAAUGUGCUGGACCAAGAGAGGCGAACCCCAUUGCAUGCUGCUGCCUACGUAGGCGAUGUCCCCAUCCUCCAGUUGCUACUGAUGUCAGGUGCUAAUGUUAAUGCUAAGGACACACUGUGGCUGACCCCUCUUCAUCGUGCCGCUGCUUCCCGAAACGAGAAGGUGCUGGGGCUGCUGCUGGCACACUCAGCUGAUGUGAAUGCCCGGGACAAGCUGUGGCAGACACCACUGCACGUGGCUGCUGCCAACCGGGCCACCAAGUGCGCCGAGGCUCUGGCACCCCUGUUGAGCAGCCUCAAUGUGGCAGACAGGAGCGGACGCAGUGCCCUGCACCAUGCAGUACACAGUGGGCAUCUUGAGACGGUGAACCUGCUCCUCAACAAGGGAGCCAGCCUGAACGUCUGUGAUAAAAAGGAGCGGCAGCCACUGCACUGGGCAGCAUUUCUAGGGCAUUUGGAGGUCCUGAAACUGCUGGUGGCACGUGGGGCAGACCUCGGCUGCAAAGACCGGAAGGGCUAUGGGCUGCUGCACACGGCUGCGGCCAGCGGCCAGAUUGAAGUGGUGAAGUACUUGCUCCGGAUGGGGGCUGAGAUUGAUGAGCCCAACGCCUUUGGAAACACAGCUUUGCACAUCGCUUGCUACCUGGGCCAGGACGCUGUGGCCAUUGAAUUGGUGAACGCAGGAGCCAACGUCAACCAGCCAAAUGACAAGGGCUUCACACCACUGCACGUGGCGGCUGUCUCCACCAAUGGCGCGCUCUGCCUGGAGCUGUUGGUCAAUAACGGGGCUGAUGUCAACUACCAGAGUAAAGAAGGAAAAAGCCCUCUGCACAUGGCGGCCAUUCAUGGCCGUUUCACACGUUCCCAGAUCCUCAUUCAGAAUGGUAGCGAGAUUGAUUGUGCUGACAAGUUUGGGAACACACCACUACAUGUAGCGGCUCGCUACGGACACGAGCUGCUCAUCAGCACUCUCAUGACCAAUGGCGCGGAUACCGCCCGGCGCGGUAUCCACGACAUGUUCCCCCUGCACUUAGCUGUUCUCUUUGGAUUCUCAGACUGCUGCCGGAAGCUUCUUUCCUCAGGCCAGCUGUACAGCAUCGUGUCUUCACUCAGCAAUGAGCAUGUGCUUUCCGCUGGGUUUGACAUCAACACACCCGACAGCCUUGGCCGCACCUGUCUCCAUGCUGCUGCUUCUGGAGGGAAUGUUGAAUGUCUUAAUUUGCUGCUGAGCAGUGGAGCUGACCUGAGGAGGAGAGACAAAUUUGGAAGGACCCCACUGCACUAUGCAGCUGCCAACGGUAGCUACCAGUGCGCAGUGACCCUGGUGACCGCCGGGGCGGGCGUCAAUGAGGCUGACUGCAAAGGCUGUUCUCCUCUGCACUACGCUGCUGCCUCUGACACCUACCGGAGAGCGGAACCCCACACUGCUUCCAGCCAUGAUGCUGAAGAGGAUGAGCUACUGAAGGAGUCCCGUAGGAAGGAGGCCUUCUUCUGUCUGGAGUUCUUAUUGGAUAAUGGUGCAGACCCCUCCCUGCGGGACAGGCAGGGCUACACAGCCGUGCACUAUGCAGCCGCCUAUGGUAACAGACAGAACCUCGAACUGCUCUUAGAAAUGUCCUUUAACUGCCUGGAGGAUGUGGAGAGCACUGUUCCAGUCAGCCCUUUGCACUUAGCUGCCUACAAUGGUCACUGUGAAGCCCUGAAGACACUGGCUGAGACGCUGGUGAAUCUGGACGUCAGGGACCACAAGGGCCGGACGGCGCUCUUCCUGGCCACUGAGCGAGGCUCUACGGAGUGUGUGGAGGUGCUUACAGCCCAUGGUGCCUCUGCCCUCAUCAAGGAGCGUAAACGCAAGUGGACACCCCUACAUGCUGCUGCCGCCUCUGGCCACACUGAUUCCCUGCACUUGCUGAUUGACAGUGGGGAGCGAGCUGACAUCACAGACGUCAUGGACGCCUAUGGACAAACCCCACUGAUGCUGGCCAUUAUGAAUGGUCAUGUGGACUGUGUACAUCUGCUGCUAGAGAAAGGAUCCACGGCCGAUGCUGCUGACCUUCGAGGCCGCACCGCCCUCCACCGUGGGGCAGUGACUGGCUGUGAGGACUGCCUGGCUGCCCUGCUGGACCACGAUGCAUUUGUGCUGUGCCGAGACUUUAAGGGCCGCACGCCUAUCCAUCUGGCCUCGGCCUGUGGCCACACUGCAGUGCUGCGGACCCUGCUGCAGGCCGCUCUUUCCACAGACCCCCUGGAUGCCGGUGUGGAUUACAGCGGAUACUCGCCCAUGCACUGGGCCUGCUACACUGGACAUGAAGAUUGUCUGGAGUUGUUACUUGAACACAGCCCAUUCUCUUACUUGGAGGGAAACCCCUUCACUCCUUUGCACUGUGCAGUAAUUAAUAACCAGGACAGCACCACAGAGAUGCUGCUGGGAGCUCUGGGUGCCAAGAUUGUGAACAGCCGAGACGCCAAAGGACGGACCCCCCUUCACGCCGCUGCCUUCGCGGACAAUGUCUCUGGGCUCCGGAUGCUGUUGCAGCAUCAAGCUGAAGUGAACGCCACUGACCACACUGGCCGCACCGCACUCAUGACGGCAGCCGAGAAUGGGCAGACGGCUGCUGUGGAAUUUCUGCUGUAUCGAGGGAAGGCAGACCUGACUGUGCUGGACGAGAACAAGAACACUGCCCUGCACUUGGCUUGUAGCAAGGGCCAUGAGAAAUGUGCCCUCAUGAUCCUGGCAGAAACCCAAGACCUUGGCCUUAUCAAUGCUACCAACAGUGCGCUGCAGAUGCCACUCCACAUUGCUGCCCGGAAUGGUCUAGCUUCUGUGGUGCAGGCCCUGCUGAGUCGUGGGGCCACAGUGCUGGCUGUGGAUGAAGAAGGUCACACCCCAGCACUGGCCUGCGCUCCCAACAAAGACGUGGCAGACUGCCUGGCCUUGAUCCUUUCCACCAUGAAGCCUUUCCCGCCCAAGGACGCCGUCAGCCCUUUCAGCUUCAGCCUGCUCAAGAACUGCGGCAUCGCAGCCGCCAAGACGGUGGGUGGCUGUGGCGCCCUGCCUCACGGGACCUCCUGUCCCUACAGCCAGGAGCGGCAUGGCGCCAUUGGGUUAGAUGGCUGCUACUCUGAGUAGCCCCUCCAGUGUCCCUCUCCCUGCCGGUGGCUUGAUACCUUACUCUAUUUAUUUAGAAGAAAAACCUAAACAUUUAGGGCACUUUAAAGGAGAACACGACUGGGUCUGGGCAGGGGGCACUGGGGAGCUGCUGCUGCUGCUGCUGCUCACCCCUUUGCCACACCAUCCUGGCCUGGCAGAGGCCUGGGACCCACAGGGAGCACCCCAGGCUCUUGGUACCCCCAGGGCAACCCCUUCUGCCAAGUGUCCCAAAAUGAUUUCUAAAUGCCUGGCUCCCUCCUUGACUCCAUCUCUCAGUUCCCCCGUUUGCUGCCAGCUCCCCAACUCUUCCUCUGACUCUCCUCUCUGUCCCGCCUCCCCUCGCCCUGCUGCCAGGCAGACCCCCCCUUCCAUACCCAUCACUGCCUCCCCGCUUGGCCCUCCAUCCCUGCAGCAGUGAGAAGCCUUAAUUUCUGGUACUGUGUGAGCACUCUGGGGGUGUCCCCCUCCCUCUUCAGGGGCAGCUAGAGGACGAGGGGGGAGGGUAUUCAGCACUGGGGCCUAGAGCUUCCCCCCAUAUCCUAUCAUCCCUGAAAUUCAAAUGCAGACACUUGAAGCAGCAACUACUGAACCUGGCCCUUACCCCGCUCCCCUGGCUCCUCAUGUGCAAACCAAGGGCUGCUCCUGCCCCCACAGCCUGCUCCUGCCCCCACAGCCUGCUCCUG